AUGGACGUGUUCAGAAGAGUGGUUCGGUCGCAGGGGAUCCGAAUCAUUCUGUACGUGGACGAUCUGUUACUACUAGGUCGUUCACACGAGAUCAGGCGUCACAAGGCGUUCAUCGACGCCCUGAUCAACGAACUGGGAUUGGUGUUCGCCGAAAUUUCAAGCGAAACUUCUGGGUCUGAGCCGGAAGAUCAAAGCUACGUGCCGAAGAAACAUCAGACGAGUGCCUAUUCGUCAGUGGUAGUCAUACCUGGGCCACCUCCAAUGGGCUGUCUUCGCGGUCUUAGGGCUUCGGCCAUUCGUCGCAGAGAUACGCCUGGUGAACCAAUGGAACUCGACGAAGAAGGAGAUACGAAUAUCAGGAGCUGUCAUGAAGAAGAUCGACAAGAUAAACGUGAUGGUGAAGCAAUUCGAGGCGAGGACUAUUUGGUUACCGGCCGCCAAUGGAUAACUCACAAGAGAUUCAUCGAAGAUAGGGAAGCUGAUAACGGCAACAUCAGCACUUUUGGUUCUGACGGACUCCAGUACCGCACUUCACGCACUACGGAAACGAUGCAGUCCAUCCAGAUUGAUGAACUGUCAGCUACGACGGCUAACUUGGCUCUGUCACUAUCAGCACCUCCGGUGGCCGGUUGCUAUGGGCUACUUAUCGGGGAAGCUGAACCUAGCAGCGGACGAUUUAUCACGAAUGGGGAAGCUGUUGCAGUAUCAUUGGACGAUAAGGGCAGUCUUCCAAUUAUACCUAAAGUGGGCCGUUCAAAACCGGACCCACGGCCCAGAGUUUCCGGACAGUUACUAUGUGCACCUGGCCCAUCACGCAAAUCUGAAGGAGUUGUUACCCUUCGCAACGCGCUGGGAUCAGGAGCUGGGGAUGCUAGCCCCACCGGAGACGAUGCUACCCACCAUCUUGACCAAACUGGAUGCACAAUUGACCAAGUCGGUGUUAAUAAUUCCAUACUGGCCGAAAGCAGUAUGGUGGCGCCACACAUAGUGCAACACGUCCCGGAAUUUCUUAUUCUGGAGAGAGGAGCAGUUCACUAUCCCGAAAACGUGGCCCAAAAACUCAAACAGGCGAUUCUACCACAUCAGUAUAUGGCAGAAUUGUACGAGCCGACCGUGUCGCGUACCCUAGCAACAGGAGGUAUCGAGAAAACCACGGAGACCAAUUACCGGCUUGGUCUUCAGUAUUGGGAUCAGUUUCUAUCCGAAGAUGAUUCUAGUUCAGUAGCGGUGGGUUCAGUUGCGCAACCAUCACAGACAGACGUGUUGCAGAACUUCUGUGCAUACUUAUUCUAUCAAGGAUGCACAGUGGCCGAGUUGAAGAAGUAUCAAUCUGCGUUGAAGUGGAGAGCUACCCAACUGAACAGUUUCAAACAGUUGGUGCAUCAUCACAGACCAGAGGCUGGUGAAGGCGUGCAAGUCUUAAGCAUCGAUAUGAUAUUGCAAGUAACCACUUCGCACAAAGUGGAUGUAGCAACACGAGCACUACUGGCAUUUUACUGGUGCUUCGGUUUUCGGCGGCUGACUUUGUACCAUGUGGCGUUUGAGGAUGUUGCUUUUGAUAACACGAAUGCCGUCAUCACUGACAAGAUGGAACACAAAUCUCCACAUGGCAUGAGACGUGGCUUUGUGGCAAUUGAUCAUUCCUUGGGGGUUAGCGAUGAUGUUAUUGCGGCCAUACCCGGAGUGCAGCCAUCAUCGCUGAAGUCUUAUAAGCGUAGCAACCCGAUAACACAAGGUGACCGUGAUCUCAACGGCGUCUUGAUUGGUGUGCCGGCUCCUGCCGCCCUCGGAGACCACCAAUCAUCUUCCGUACGAAAAUAUGACGUCAGCGGUGGGAGUACGUAG